AUGGAGAACAGCAUGGACGUCUUAGCUGUACUUCUCUUCACUUUAGCGGCUCUGCUCUUGUGUGUCAAAACUUCAGUGGUAUUACUAGAUUCAAACGAGUGUAAUAGAGGAAUCCGAAAUACUGAAACACAGAAACGUACUGAAAAUUUUCCACGCAUUACAGGGAACAAAUUGGAAGCAGAUUUCGAUAAAUGGUUUCAACCCAAUACUGAAGGCGACGAGGACUGUAAUACAUUACUUCGAAACGGCGUUGAAGAACAUAAAUCAGACAUUUGUUCUGGAGAGAUUAUUCCUACAGCAAAAACACCUCCCCUUGAUGUGUUACAAAGUGAAUUAGGUCAUUCAGCAGGAACCCGUGUUGAUUGUAGUCACAUCAGACCUGGGGUGUCAUUUGGACCUCACAUAGGACGGAACCUUCCGGAGCCUGGCACAUGGUUUGGACCUCGUAUAGGACGCAGCAAUCCUGCUCCUGGAACGUGGUUUGGACCUCGUAUUGGACGUAGUUAUUCAGAACCAGGGACGUGGUUUGGACCUCGAGUUGGACGCAGCCAUCCUGGAAAGUGGUUUGGACCUCGUGUUGGACGUAGCUAUCCAGAAUCACAGAUGUGGUUUGGACCUCGUGUUGGACACAGCUAUUCAGAUCCAGCGAUGUGGGUUGGACCUCGUGUUGGACACGUCCAUUUUGAAACUGAACUGGAAAUGUAG